UGGCCACUCCAGCUGGCACCCCAUACAUGUAAUGUAUGUCAUGGGUUUCCCUCGUUCCAUCCCACUUUUUGUGCUUGGCGGAGCUCGUUCUUGACACCGAGACAGCUAGCAAGGGUUCAGUUUGACCUGGUCGUAGCUGGUGUACAGAUGCACAGGCACCAGUGGAAGGGGCAGACCUUACAGGCAAUCAGAAUGCAGAGAGGUUGAGUCUGAGGUACAGAUGAAGGAAGCUAUCAGAGCUAGUCUCCAAACAGAUAUCAUCAAAAUGGCUGAACAAGACGAGAUGAUGCCAACACAAGUUGCCGAGAGACAGGAGCAGGUUGCUGAUGGAGACUGUGUAGAGACUCACGACCAAGCACUGGCCUUGAUGAGGAGACCAGACAAUCAGGACCAGACAACAGACAUGAUGCCAGUUGCAGCAGUCAAUCAAUUGCAGCAGUCAGUGCAUCAGAUAUCUGGCUCUGGACACGUACCCAUCUUCAACCCAAAAGAUUGCACCAUCAAUAUCUACCAAUCAAAAGAUGGUGCACAUGCAUCACACCACUCUGGUCAUCCAUCAGUUGACAUAUCAGAGAAUCCACCAAGUACAUCACAGCAACCACCAACAUCACAUGUGGCCUCAGGUGCACAAGGAUGCAGCACACCCAAAAAGAUGAAGCUUGACAGUCCAGCCCAAGAUGCUGCUGAUUGCUGUGAAGAUGCCCUGAAGUCAUACUACAGGGGAAAAGGUGGCUUUGUUAAAGUGCUUCCAUGGGUGGGUGAUGACAGGAAACACAUUACAGAAAUCUACACAAAGUUACAGUUAAUACUUGGUAAGGACAGCGUCAAGCUGGCAUCAUAUGAUGAUAUAUUACAAUGUAAGACAAAAGAGGGAGACCCGAUCCUAAUAGCUGUUUUAACUGGGCUGGCUGGUAGAGGAAAGACCACACUGUUUGACAAAAUGGCAUAUGAUUGGGCAGUUGGUUCUAGUCAGGUACUACGGAAGUAUAAACUUGUCUUCCUGUUGAAAAUGUACGCACUGGAGCAGAGUUCAGAUCUUGUUGAUGCAGUCUUUGACAAAAUCUUGGCUAAAGAUGUAAGUAUUGAAAGAGGUGCCCUGGACAUGUUUAUCAAGAACAGUCCUGGAAGUGUCCUCGUUUUACUAGAUGGGUUUGAUGAGCUCAUGACUACCUCCUUGUGUGAAUCCUCAUUUGGUUCCAUUCUGGAGAUCCUAAGUGGUAAGGUGUUGAGGGGUUGUACUGUACUUGUAACAACCCGCCCCUCACACUUUGACAGACUUGUAUCAGAGGAACUGGUUCAGGACCCAUUCACACAUGUCGAGGUCAUAGGUUUCAGUAGGAAAGAUGUCACCGAGUAUGUUAAUAAAUUUUACACAGCUGAACCUGACAAGGCCAAGGGGCUUCUUAAAAAGAUUAGAUCAUCAGGCGUUCUGUCUGCUUUAGCUGCAAGUCCAAUGCUUCUUCUUUUGAUGUGUGUACUAUGGAGAGAAGACUGCACACUCCCAGAAACAAUGACAUGUCUGUAUCGUAAUGGAGUUCUCUACAUCUUCAAAAGAAAAUCAUUGGACUCAGCAAAAGAUAUGAUUGAAAUUGGCAAGGUUGCGUUGCAUGGUCUUCUUUCUCAAGAUCAGUCACUCUCUUUCAAAGAAAGUGACUUUAAGUCGAUUGUGCUUGAGCGUGCUCUGAAAGCAGGUAUUCUGACCAAACAGACAGACCGCAAGGGACUACAGACUCACAACUGUAUUCAGUUUUUUCACAAGACAUUCCAGGAGUUCUAUGCUGCUGCUUACUUGCAAAGCUUGUUAAAAGCAGACCCAGAGAAAUUUCACAAGAUUUUGAAUGAAAUCAUGUCAAAGGGUGCAAGGACGUUUGAGUAUCUUCUGCGCUUUUGUUGUGGUGACAAUGAGGCAUGUACAUAUGAGAUUAUGAAGGAAUUUCAGUUGACGUAUCCGAAGAAGUUGUCAUUCAAAUCAAAGAUGGGUCAGUUGGCACUUCAUUGUUUCUUUGAAGGUCAAUCCAAACGUUUGCCUCCAGAGGAAUUCAUACAUUCAUUCAUAACAGAUGAAUUUCGUAUUCAUAGGCUUGACAGGGAUUGUCUGAACUCAGUCAUAUACUUUGUGAAAUGUGUUGCUGAACAGACAAAAGACAGUGGAAAUGCUUACCUUGCUAAGGUACAUACAUUACAUGUACGCUUUUGUCAAUGGACAUGGUUUAUUGAAGAGUUGGCUGUUAUCUUGUGUGCAAUGACAAAUCUUCGUGAUGUAAGUUUCAUGAACAAUGCAGAUACUGCUAAGUUGCUCAGGCAUCUACCCAACUUGGUACCUAAAUUGCGUAUUUUUGGUACUGACCUGGGUGGUACAGCAGCAUCAUGGUGCAUGCAUUUGAAGCAGUUGAAGUCCCUCACGAAGCUGGUCUUGAGUGAAUGCUCAUUGAAUGGACAGGACAUCAAACAAAUUGCUGAAUCACUCGGGGAUCUACCCAACUUGGUUGAAUUGAGUCUUGAGCUAAAUAAUGACCUGGGUGGCACAGCAGCAUUAUGGUGCACGCAUUUGAAGCAGUUGAAGUCCCUCACAAAGCUGGACCUGGGUCACUGCUCAUUGAAUGGACAGGACAUGAAACAAAUUGCUGAAUCACUCCGGGAUCUAACCAACUUGGGUGAAUUGAGUCUUACUGGUAAUAACCUGGGUGGUACAGCAGCAUUAUGGUGCAUGCAUUUGAAGCAGUUGAAGUCCCUCACAAAGCUGGAAUUGAGUCGAUGCUCAUUGAAUGGACAGGACAUCAAACAAAUUGCUGAGUCACUCGGGGAUCUACCCAACUUGGUUGAAUUGAGUCUUUGUAGUAGUAAACUGGGUGGUACAGCAGCAUUUUGGUGUAUGCAUUUGAAGCAGUUGAAGUCCCUCACAAAGCUGAACUUGGGUGAAUGCUCAUUGAAUGGACAGGACAUCAAACAUGUUGCUGAGUCACUCAGGGAUCUACCCAACUUGGGUGAAUUGAAUCUUUCUUAUAAUAACCUGGGUGGUACAGCAGCAUUGUGGUGCAUGGAGGUAAAGCAGCUGCUGCACCUUCAGUGGCUGUACCUCAUAGACUGUCACCUGACAGAGGAAGACAAGAACCAUAUUGAUGAGUCACUGAGUGACCUGAAGAAGAAUGGAUUAGUCAUUAGGACAUACCGUUAAUUUCAGCGAUUAAAAUCCUGAUUUAAAUCGCAUCAUUUUUUUUUAAACUGUUCCGAAUUUUUCACCACAGUUGUUCCGCAUUUUCUUUAUAAUUGAUUAAACACCUGUGAAGGGGUACAAGCCUGCCAGACUGAUUCGCUGACCU